CAACUUUCUGAGCAACUAUCUACCUCGAUUAUUUUGAUAGUUUAUAUUGUCUCGCCCACAGGACUGAAAUUACCUGACUUUGGCGAUUUUUCUUACUCUUCAGAACGGAAUAACUGGGGUACCGAAAGUUAAUAAAAAUGCAUAACGUUAAUAUCCCAGUGCCAGUUUCCUUUUUCAUUCGAAGUGCUCACAAUGUCUCGUUCAACAUCGCUAGUGGCUGCGCUGGCAGUUUUGAUCAUCCAUUUGUCCGCGGAAGUAUCCGCCAAAACGUUCGAGGAUCUUCUCACCGAGCUGCGGAGCUAUAAAGAACCCCUUGAGUACUGUUACAACGGACCGUUCAAAUCGUGCGCCGAGGAACCAACCAAAGUAUCCGGACCGUACGAGUUAAAACCUUUCCCUCAUUCGCCAUCCUUCGGGGCGUACUGCGAGCAAAAACUCUUCGGCGGCGGUUGGUUGGUGAUCCAGUCCCGAUUCGAUGGAUCCGAGGAUUUCUUCCGCAACUUCUCCGACUACAAACGGGGCUUCGGCAAGCUCACCGGCGAGUUUUGGUACGGUUUGGAGAAGAUCCACAAGCUGACGGCCUGGCGGAACACCCAGUUGCUGGUCGAGUUGAAGAGUUUCAAGGGUGAGACCAAGUACGCCAAGUAUGACGAAUUCGAGCUGGGAAGUGAAAUCGAAGCUUACAAUUUGAAGAAGCUGGGCGCGUACUGUGGAACGGCCGGCGACGGGCUGAGAUACAACCAUCCUAUGUGGUUCCAAACGCAGGAUUUCACCGGCCGUAAGGAAAAGGGUGGCAAAAAGGGAGGCCACAAAGAUAAAAACUGCGCGGUCGAAAGGGUUGGAGCUUGGUGGUACAAGGACUGCUCUUUCAGUAACCUCAACGGGUUGUACGGCGAUAAAGACGAUCCCAAGUAUAUGAACUGGUAUCCAUUCAAUAAUUCCGACGAAGGAUUGUGUUUUUCGAGAAUGAUGAUUCGUGGAUAUUAGUUCAACCGUUCGAUCAAAAUAAGUGACCAAUGUAGCCGAUAAAUAAAUGAGAUCUGUAUGCAAAAUUCUGCGUUUCUUAUUUAC